AUGAGCUGGCUGGCAUCGCUGUUUGGAGGCAAUAAACGUGCCGCAGGGAGGUCGAACGCCUUGUCGUCGACUCGAGACGCGUUCUCGAUGCCGUCGCCGGUGUUGUCGCCGCAGCAGGACGCGUACGAGCCAGAGUCGUCGACGAGCUACACCUACCCGCCGCAGCAGAAUGGCCAGGCUUACGGCUACGUUCCCGCGGCACGACGGGGCUCAUCGCUUCUCCCGACACACAACGCCUCGGCAAAUGGCGGCUACCCACCGCUGGCAGCGACCUGGAACAGACUCAAGACCUGGCUCGCGAAUGAAUAUCCCGAACUGGGCGACACUUUGAAUUACGCCAUUCUGCCCCAAGACCUCCAAGAACUCGAGGCACACUUUGGAUUCGCACUUCCGCCCGCCGUACGGGAGAGCUACCUCGUCGUCGACGGCCAAGAGCCGGAAUCAUCCGCCGCAUGCUCGGAGGGUUUAUUCUUUGGCUUGCAUCUUCUUCCGCUUGAGGAGGUCUAUGACGAGUGGCGCUUUUGGCGCGAUGUUGACGGCGACCCUGAUACCGCCGGCCACGACCGUCUUCGCUCUGCCCAGCAAUCGAUCCCGCCCGGCUGGGUUCGCCGCGAAUAUUCCAACCGUGGCUGGCUCCCGCUCGUGAGCGAUAAAGCCGGCAACUACAUCGGCGUGGACCUCAACCCCGACGAGCGCGGCGCCGCAGGACAAGUGAUCGUCUUUGGCCGCGACUUUGACACCAAGGUCGUGCUCGCGAAUGGCGAUGGAUCCAGUGGAUGGGCGCGCUGGCUUGCCGCGUUUGCAGAUAUGCUCGAGGGAGCAGACGGCUACGAGCUUACAUCCGGAGAUACCGAUUCGCAGGGCUCUGAGGAUGAUAUUGGCUACCAGAGCUACUUUGAUACGGGAGGCGAGUCGGCAGAUCAGCGUGGGCCGAGGGGUUGGUCGCUCACGGGGGAGUACCGCGGUUGGCCGCCCCUUGAGGCGUUCGCUGACCGCGGCGUGCGACGGUGGAUGGAGGCCGGCCUCGUGCCCGAGUUCUCGGCCCAGGAGAAGGGCAAGGCGCCAGAAGACGGUCCUAACGUGCUCGACCUUGCCAAGGUCGCUGCUGAUACAGACGACGCCAAUGGCACGCUCUCUGUAUAUGCAAAACCUGAGAAUCCGGAGGAUUUGCAACCUCCAGCUGAGGGGGCAUCUUCGCGCGCGGUACCAUCGAUCAGCGUAACGAAGCCGCCCGCUCCCAGACCGGUACUCCUCCCCACGGAGAACGACAUCCUCGCCUCGCCAAGUAAUUUCGAAGCACCCUCCCCUGCAGACGUCGAGAGCGGGUUUGCUGUACCCAUGGCUCAAUACAAAUACGACCCGCCUCCCAGUGCGGCUUCGCCUAUCACCACAGCGAAGAACACGCCAGCAGCCGACUCGUCAAUGUUCGUGCCCCCAGCGCCCGCCGCCGCUCCGCUUUCGGAUAUCACGGAUCUUCUGACCGAGUCGGGCCCUGCACUCGAAACGGCCGCAUUGGAGCCGGCGCCAUCUGCUCCUACUUCGGGACAGGUGUCACCUGUUGCUACGCCCUCGCCCGUGGCAGAUCUGCUCUCUGGUGAUGAUGAGGCCGCUGUUGCAACUCCGGAGAAGAAUGAAGAGGAGGACGAGGAGGACGAGGACGAUGAAGAAGAGGACGAGGACGAGGAGGAUGAAGAGGAGCUUGUGAAGGAGGGCGGGGCAAGUCCGGCGUUAGCUGCAGACGAUGCGAAUGCUAAAACGGCGUCGCCAUGA